AUGGGCGAAUCUAUUUACCCAGGCGAGGGCUUGACGGAUGUGGGGAGACGUGAAAGAGGAAGUAGAGCUGACAGUGGAACUGUGGCUGUUGCCUGCUGCUGUAUGAAAGAGGUGAAGAAUGAAGGCGGCUGGACCUCUGAAGGUAUGAACGGUGACCUUAGUCUGGUGGCUGCAGUCCUGGCUGUUGUCUCAGUGGUGUCGCUGAGUCUGCUGUCGAUUUUGUGUCUGCGAUGCAAAAAGAAAUCAACUACUAUACAUGAGGAGUCUCAAAUAUAUGACCCACAGAUAUUUCAGCGUGGGGGCAGCAAAUUUGCAGUGAUGAGAUCAAAAACAGUCACCAGAGCCAAUCCGAUGUCUUCACCCUCAGAAGACACUCCUGAGGAGAAUCAAUUUCAAGACGCUCAAACCGAAGAGCAGGACUAUGAAAAUGUGUCAGGUUUGCAAACAAUCAGCUCCAGCCUGGAACAUGACUAUGUAGCACCGAUCGCAGUGUCAUUAUAUGAGAACGAAAAAAGCCAUUUAGCAGAAGCUGAGCAGAAUCCUGGCCUUUAUGGGAAUGUUUUCCCGUCUCUGUCAAUAACAGAAGAUGACGAUUAUGAAAACGCAGAGUUCCUGGAACAGCAGGAAAGCGAUGAGCCCGAUUAUGUGAAUGAAAAUGGAGAGUCUACCUGAACGCACCACGUCUGCUGCUUUUCAUCCUCAGCAUCUGAUCAAACUAUAGUUUAAACCCUCAGUGUUCAGUUUUCUGUGUGUAAAUAUCCCAGCACCUUUAGGUACAACCUAAGACUGCCAUCUAGUGGUCAAAAUAUUCACUUCUGUACAGUUGGGUCAUCUUAUUUGCCUAAUAAAGUUAAGUCUAUUUUAAAACAUGUUUUCAUGUUAUGAAUUUUCCCUUUCUUGGGGAGUUAUAUUGCUGGUGCUUAAACAGUGUUUAGAAAAAAA